AGUAAAAGCCUGAAGGGAGGCAUGGAGGAGACGAUUAGUCGGUGUUAAAGACAGGAUAUCACGACAGAACCGGCUAACAUACGCAGCUUUUGCGUCGAAAGCAAUGUUUUCGUAAUGGAUACAAAUUUGAUGACCAUGCGAACCGACUCCAAAGAAUAUCAGAAUGGGCACAAGGACAUGGAUCCAAAGAGCAGUGACGACGAGCCUCUUCUCAGACAGAACAAAAAGCGAUUUGUCAUCUUUCCGAUUCAGUAUCCAGACAUGUGGAAAAUGUACAAACAAGCCCAGGCAUCGUUCUGGACAGUCGAAGAGGUGGAUUUAUCAAAGGAUCUGGCCCACUGGGAAAGACUGAAGCCUGAGGAGAAACACUUUAUAUCUCACAUCUUGGCUUUCUUUGCAGCAAGUGAUGGCAUUGUCAAUGAGAACUUGGUGCAGAGGUUCAGUCAGGAGGUGCAGGUUCCUGAGGCUCGCUCUUUUUAUGGCUUCCAGAUCCUGAUUGAGAAUGUGCACUCAGAGAUGUACAGCCUGCUGAUUAACACAUACAUCAGGGAUCUAAAGGAGAGAGACUAUUUAUUUAACGCCAUUGAAACCUUGCCUUAUGUGAAAAGAAAAGCUGAUUGGGCUCUGCAGUGGAUCUCUGACACAAACUCUACCUUUGCGGAGCGAUUAGUAGCGUUUGCGGCAGUCGAAGGGAUCUUUUUCUCAGGAUCAUUUGCUGCCAUCUUCUGGCUGAAGAAAAGAGGUUUGAUGCCUGGACUCACCUACUCCAAUGAGCUCAUCAGUAGAGAUGAGGGUUUGCACUGUAAUUUUGCAUGCCUUGUAUACAGCCACUUGCAGAAAAAGCCGUCAGCUGACAGAGUGAAGGAUAUCAUCACUAAAGCGGUUCUCAUCGAACAGGAGUUUUUGACUGAGGCUUUACCAGUUGACCUCAUUGGGAUUAACAGCUAUUUGAUGAAGCAAUACAUCGAGUUUGUGGCUGACCGGUUGUUAACAGACUUAGGAAUACCUGAAGUAUACGAAGCCAAAAACCCAUUCGAUUUCAUGGAGUUCAUCUCAUUGGAAGGAAAAACUAACUUCUUUGAGAAGCGUGUGGCUGAGUACCAACGGUUUGGAGUGAUGUCAAAUACAACGGACUCUGAAUUCACUCUCGAUGCAGAUUUUUAAAGCUUUAUACCGUUAGAAAGAGUAAAUUUCUUUCUACUAGAAAGAAUCUACCUAAGGGAAAAUAAAAGUAUUUUACAGAUUAGGUUACACUUUUACAAGAAAACUUAAUACUUGGCUGUGGCUGCAUUCUUUUAUUUACUUUCUGGACUUUAAACUGUUUUUAUUAAAAAUUAAAUUCUAAAAGCUUCAGUUUUCAUAUUUACUAGUCUGAUUGUCUAGUGAAACAGUAAUUAUAUUUGUUUUUGGUUAUUUUAUAUUUAAGAAUACUGACAAUAAUAUAUUUUUCUACACAUUGUUUUGUUUUAAUCAGCUCAGUGUGUUCUUUAAAACAUCUAUUCUGGAUGAUGAUUAUCUGUAUUACAUGAAAAUAAUGUAAUGUAAUGUACUGACAUUAGGAACACCUGUUAAUGGUUCUUCAGUUUGUUGUUUUACAUGACAACCAUUGCUUAUUUUGCGAAGUGUAUUUUAUGUAUGGUAUUGUUCAAGUGUAUUCAACAAAAUGUUAAAAAAAACAUUAAAUAGAAAUUUGUAGAAAAUCUUU